UCAGUUGUCCCAGUAGUUUAUUUCUGCCUGAGCCACACAGUCCUCUGGCACAUUUGUGCCUGGCCUGGGAGGGUUUGUCAGGAUGCCGAACAGGGGGGAGACUCUCCCCGAGCAGCCAUGGGAGGAAAACGCAGGGAACCUUUCGGGGAGCCGUGAAAAUGGAAGCUUUACAGAGGCACAGACUGACUGCAGGGAUUCACUGCCCCACCUGGAGGAGGCCCAGGAUGAAGGCACAGAGCCAGCAGAGGGCCUGUGGACCUCCCUUGCUGAUGGCAGAGUCAGACUGAGAGUGGAUAAUUCGUGUCCACAGACUCCCAUAACAGUCCAUCAGAUGUUCAAGGAGAGCCUGGAAAAAUACGGGUCCCUUUAUGCUUUGGCCAGCAAAAAGAACGGAAAGUGGGAGAAAAUAACUUUUUCAGAGUAUUAUUGCCUCUCCAGGAAAGCAGCCAAGAGCUUCCUGAAGCUCGGUCUGGAACGAUUCCACAGCGUAGCAAUCCUUGGAUUUAAUUCUCCAGAAUGGUUCAUCUCAGCUGUGGGAGCUGUUUUUGCUGGAGGAAUUGUCACAGGAAUAUACACCACCAAUUCUCCAGAGGCCUGUCACUACAUUGCUCAUGACAGCAAAACCAACAUCAUGGUGGUGGAAAAUCAGAAACAGCUGGACAAGAUAAUGCAGAUCUGGGAUCGUUUGCCACACUUGAAAGCUGUUGUGCUAUAUAAGGACUCCAUUCCAGAGAGACAUCCAAAUUUAUAUACGAUGGAGGAGUUUCUGGAGCUGGGCCAUGACAUAUCUGAUGCUACUCUGGAUGACAUCAUUAACUCCCAACAGCCUAAUCAGUGCUGUGUACUCAUAUACACCUCUGGGACAACUGGGAAGCCCAAAGGAGCCAUGCUGAGCCACGACAAUAUCACUUGGACAUCAGCACACUGCAGCAGAGCAGGAGAUAUGCAACCUGCAGAGGUGCAGCAGGAGUCCAUCGUCAGUUAUCUCCCGCUCAGCCACAUCGCUGCCCAGAUCUAUGACCUGUGGACUGGCAUCAAGUGGGGAGAGCAGGUCUACUUUGCUGAGCCAGAUGCUCUGAAGGGCAGCUUGAUCAACACCCUGAGAGAAGUGCAGCCAACGUCUCACAUGGGAGUGCCCCGAGUCUGGGAGAAAAUCAUGGAGAGAUUAAAGGAUGCUGCUGCUCAGUCAGGAUUUGUGAAGAAGAAAAUGCUGUCCUGGGCUAUGUCCCUUAGCUUAGAGAGGAACCUGAAUGGCUCAAGCAGCAGUGACCUCAAGCAGCUCUGGGCGAGGCUGGCAGACUACCUGGUGCUGGCAAAAAUCCGCAGUGCCCUGGGUUUCUCCUGCUGCCAGAAGCACUUCUGUGGUGCUGCUCCUCUCACCACAGAGACACUGCACUUCUUCCUGGGCCUCAACAUCACCCUGUACGAGGCCUAUGGCAUGAGUGAGACCACAGGCCCACACUGCCUGUCUGGGCCUCACAUUUACAGGCAGCACAGCUGUGGCAAACCAGCACCUGGAUGCAGAGUGAGACUGGUGGACAAGGAUCCAGAAGGAAACGGAGAAAUCUGCUUCUGGGGAAGGACUGUGUUCAUGGGUUAUUUAAAUAUGGAAGACAGAACAAAAGAAGCCUUUGAUGAGGAGGGUUGGCUGCAUUCUGGAGAUUUAGGAAAGCUGGACAAGGAUGGCUUUCUUUAUGUCACGGGAAGAAUUAAAGAUUUGAUUAUUACAGCUGGAGGUGAAAAUGUGCCUCCCAUCCCAAUUGAAGAUGCUGUUAAAAAAGAGCUCCCCAUUGUUAGCAAUGCUAUGGUGAUUGGGGAUAAAAAGAAGUUUUUGUCGAUGUUCCUGACCCUAAAGAGUGAGCUGGACCCGGACACAUCUGAGCCCACUGACAUCCUCACUGAGCAAGCCAGAGACUUCUGCCAGAGGAGUGGCAGUAAAGCCACCAAGGUGUCUGAGAUUGUAGCCACCAGAGACCGGGCCAUCUACGGGGCCAUCCAGGAGGGAAUCGACAGAGUCAACAGGAACGCCACCAACAGGGUCCACUGCAUUCAGAAAUGGACAGUGCUGCCCAGGGACUUCUCCAUUUCUGGGGGAGAGCUAGGUCCAACAAUGAAGCUGAAACGGCUCUCAGUGCUCGAGAAAUACAGGAAUGAAGUCGACUCCUUCUAUGAAGAGUAGGAAGUCUUUCAUCCAAGCAUUAAGAGAGAUCUGUGAGCAAAAGAAAGUUAUUUUCUAAUCAAAAGCAUUAAUGAAGAGUUAUGCCUUUUGGGGGUCUGUAGUCUAUUGAACCAAACCACUAGAAAGCUGCUGUGUCAGUGUAGUUGUUCCUGAUACUCACCUGAUCAUUUGUCCUCUUUUCACAGAAGCAUCUGCAGUGUGUCCAUUUUCUAAUACUGUUUUUACUUUAUGACCUAAAUGAUUAAAACAUCCUUCUGUGUUGUAUAAGCUGAGGAUAAUUAAUUCCUCUAGACUGAAAAACAACCAUUUUUUUUAUAUUAGUGAUCUUCCAUUUUCCUUUUUCCCUGUUGUCCCCGAGGCCAUUGCCCGUAGCUCAGGAUACAUUUUGGUAGCUGGCAGUACUGCUUAAUAAAACUGCCAGACCACUCCAGUGAGAAUUAUUUAAACAAAAAAAUAACAACAAUCAAAAGGGCUGAAUUUUUUUUCUCCUCCUACACAGGAGUUUGUUGUUGUUCACUAACAAAGACAUUUCAGAACCUAAAGGCUUCUCUUCCAUUUCUGUGAAAACAGCAGCUCAUUUCUAAGUCCACGUUGGAAUAAGCAGGACUAUUUCUCCUAAAAACAGGUAAUCAAAAAAGCUGGGGGAAUAGCUCCCCAAGCAGUAAAUACAGGAGCUCUCCCACAGGAGUGCUGUUUAGAACAGAAGCUCCUUUAAGAUUGUUUACAGUGCUUUCCUUUAUUGUUGGCGUGGAUCUGCACGUGCCAAUACUCACAUUGUGCCAAUUCUGGAGCUGCAUUUCUCCUUAGCCCUAUGAAAAAUAAACCAUGUAAGGAUAAAGGAAAAUAAAAAUAUGAAAAAUAAACCACGUGCAGGGCAUGCUGUGUCAGGGGGUGCUGGGAGUGAUCCCUGGCAGGAAGCUCCAGCCCCUGCUCCCGAGAGGAAAACGUCAUGUGGAACAGGAAACCAUAUCCAUGGAAUUUCCAUUCCUAGUCUCAUCUUGCAGGCUUAGGAUUUGCUGCAAGUGUCACUAAUCAGCUCAACACACAAGACAAGGUAGCAGCCUAGGAUUAUAAAAACCAGAACAAGCAAGAGGACUUUGAAAAGUUUAUUCUUCCCCGUUUUGUGCGCAACGGUCAUUCAGAGGUUCUUUAACAAUAUUAAUCCGAAGGAAAACAAGGAAGCAGCAGCUUGGAAAACACGGAAAGAAACGUUGCCCUAUUUAUUCACCAAAAGCUCCUCCAACAGGCUGUUAGACUGUCUAAAAAAAGCUGGGCUGCUCACUCUGUAGAGCCACACCAGAAGUCGUUGAAUCAGAAACGAUGUCACCUCUGAAGCAACCAGCCUAAAACAGUCUAAAUAGAUGUUACUCCACUUGGUGACUUUCCAUGAAUAGAAUUAAGCUGUAAGAAGCCUGGUUCUGGCAGUAGGGAUAAUCCUGUGCUGUACUAACGAGUUUUAAAAUACACAUUUCCUCGCUGGGGGCACCGAUGGAAGAUACCUUUGGACACACAGGUCAGCAUGACUCGUAUGACCAUCUGCAUGGUCAUACAGGUGAUGGAGGAGGGAGGGAAAAGAGUUGCUUUUGCACCCAUUGAGCUUGGUAAGCAAGGGAAAAAAAUAAGUCUUGGAUCCCCUUGAAUAGGGAUGAAAUGUAUUUCUGGAACAUAGGCACCAGAGCCAAACAGCUGAUCUGCCUUAAUCCCUUUAGGAUUAGUCCCUUACAUUCAGGUGUGAAUAAAAUUCCCAGUCAAUACAGUAGGACACACUGAACAGACUAAGCUACAACACAACGAGCAUUCUAGCACAAGUCAUGAGAUAUCUAGGAGUAAUCUGCCAUGUUAAUACUUUCCCUUCACAAUAUAUGGCAGAGGUAAUUUUAUACAAUUUACCCUCAUUAUAACUCUGUUGGAAAGGGUAUUUCAGAGAGGGAAAACUCGUAAGAAUUAUUGUGCUCUCUCGAUUUGAAAAAUAACUUUGCUCCAGCAUUAAUUCUCACCCUUUGCUAGGAAAUGGUUGUGGGCUUUUGUAAAGUACACAAGUAGAUUAAAUCUCUAGAAUUUAGUACUUCUUUAUUCAUGCCUUUGGUGGGUAUUUCAUCACCAGACUAUCUAAUGUGGUUUUCUCCUUGCUUUUGACAUGAAAUUGCUAUUUUUAAGUUAUUUUAUACCCGUUUCUGUUGAUGAAGGUCACCUUGUGCUACUGUUAGGCUGAAAACCUUUUCAACUUCAGCAAGACCAAUAAAGCAGGUUUUAACCAUUAA